UGAUGAUGUCGAGUUGGAUUCUGUGACAGUCGGUGAAAAAUAGUGGUGCGAAGCGUUUGUGAUAUAUUUGGUAAAGCGUCAUCGCUUUAACUAAUAUUCUUUGUAGAACUCGCGCAAUAGUUAUGCAAAAAUUAUUCAUAUUUUUAACGGCCCUGAUACUUUUAGCAGGGCUCGUUAGGGCUGAAGAUGAAACAGAAGAUAAAAUUGGAACUGUAGAAAAAGAUCUUGGAUCUAAUCGGGAAGGAUCACGUACCGAUGAUGAGGUUAUUCAAAGAGACGAGGAACGUAUAAAAUUGGAUGGAUUAAAUGUAGCUCAGAUAAAGGAACUUAGGGCUAAGGCAGAGAAAUUUACGUUUCAAACAGAAGUUAAUCGCAUGAUGAAACUUAUUAUAAAUUCACUCUAUCGUAAUAAGGAGAUCUUUCUCAGAGAAUUAAUAUCUAAUGCAUCCGAUGCUUUAGAUAAGAUCAGAUUGUUGUCCCUUACUGAUAAAAAUGUUUUGAACGCCAAUCCUGAACUAGCUAUCAGAAUAAAGGCCGAUAAGGAAAAUAAAAUAUUGAGCAUAACAGAUUCUGGUAUAGCCAUGACCAAAUCUGAUUUGAUCAAUAAUCUUGGAACAAUUGCUAAAUCUGGUACUGCUGAAUUUUUGGGUAAAAUGCAAGAUGUAAAAAAUGCACAAGACAUGAACGAUAUGAUUGGUCAAUUUGGUGUUGGAUUUUACUCUGCCUUUUUGGUUGCCAAUACGGUAGUUGUCACUACUAAACAUAACGAUGAUAAACAAUACAUUUGGGAAUCUGACAGCAGUAGCUAUAAUAUCGUUGAAGAUCCUAGAGGAGAUACACUUAAGAGAGGAACAACAAUAAGUUUGCACAUGAAGGAUGAAGCGUUGGAUUUCUUGGAAGAAGAUACUGUUAGGAAUUUAAUUAAAAAGUAUUCCCAAUUUAUUAACUUCCCUAUCUAUCUUUGGAAUAGCAAAGUUAUACAAGUGGACGAAGAAGAUGAUGAAUCUAAACCAAAAAAAGAAGAAGACACUGAGAAAGAUACAGAGGAUAAAUCUGAAGAAGAAGAAGAGGAUGUUAAAGUAGAAGAAUCAUCAGAAGAUGAGAAAAAGACCAAAAAGGUAGAUAAAACUGUUUGGGAUUGGGAACUUUUAAACGAAUCUAAACCAAUUUGGACUUUAAAACCAUCAGAAGUCGAUGAUAAGGAAUACAAUGAAUUUUAUAAAACAUUAACAAAAGAUACGCAAGAUCCUUUGGCAAAGAUCCACUUUGUUGCGGAAGGUGAAGUCACAUUCAAAUCUCUUUUAUUCAUUCCUAAAGUCCAGCCCAGUGACAGUUUUAAUAGAUACGGUACAAAAGCAGAUAAUAUUAAGUUAUAUGUUAGGCGUGUAUUUAUUACCGAUAAAUUCACAGAUAUGAUGCCUAAUUAUUUGUCCUUCAUACGUGGUAUCGUAGACAGUGAUGAUUUGCCACUUAAUGUGUCGCGUGAAAAUUUGCAACAGCACAAAUUAAUUAAGGUCAUUAAGAAAAAGCUUAUUAGAAAAGUUCUAGAUAUGAUAAAGAAAAUUUCGAAGGAAGAUUAUGAGAAAUUCUGGAAAGAAUAUAGUACAAAUAUUAAAUUAGGUGUUAUUGAGGAUCCUCAAAAUCGUGCCAGAUUAUCGAAACUUUUGCAAUUCCGUUCUUCGACUCAAAAGGGAACUACUUCAUUGGCGGAUUAUGUAUCGCGUAUGAAACCUAAGCAACAGCAUAUUUAUUAUAUUGCUGGAACUUCUGAAGCAGAGGUAGAAAAAUCUCCGUUCGUUGAAAGAUUGAACAAAAAAGGAUACGAAGUUUUGUAUUUAACAGAACCUGUUGAUGAAUACACUAUUUCUGCUUUUCCUGAUUUCGAUGGAAAGAAAUUCCAAAAUGUUGCCAAGGAGGGUUUCCAAUUGGAUGAAGGUGAAAAAGCUAAAGAAAUACAAGAACAAUUACAAGCAACGUUCGAACCUUUGCUCAAAUGGUUGAAUGAUAUUUUGAAAGAUUAUAUCAGUAAAACACAGGUCUCUGAACGUCUAACAGAUUCACCGUGUGCUCUUGUUGCGAGUAUGUUUGGAUGGACAGGAAAUAUGGAAAGAUUAGCGAUCUCCAAUGCUCAUCAAAAGUCUGAUGAUCCACAGAAAACUUAUUACUUAAAUCAAAAGAAAACUUUAGAAAUCAAUCCAAGGCAUCCACUUAUUAGAGAAUUACUACAUAGGAUUCAAGUUGAUCCGUCUGAUCAAACUGCAAAAGACAUAGCUAUAAUGAUGUUUAGAACAGCAACUCUUCGAUCAGGAUAUAUGCUGAAAGAAACUGCUAGUUUUGCUGAUAGCGUGGAACAGCUUAUGAGGAAAACAUUAGGUAUUUCUUUGGACGAAGUACCAGAAGAAGAAGAAAUUCAAGAGGAAGAUACUGUAAGUUCCACAGAGACGGAACAAGUAACAGAAGUUGAUGCGGAGGAGGAAAAAGAAGAGGAGGAGGGACAUGACGAACUCUAAAUAAGUGCAGCCGUGUAUAAUACAAAAGACUUAUUCUAGUUUUUCAGCUAUACAAUGUAUAGCGAUAUUGUGCACUCUAUUACCGUUGCAAAUGUUAUUGCAAACUUAUAAACCAUUUAGAUAUGAACAGGAUUAUGUUAAAAUGAUAAAAUCCGAGAUUUUUUAUAAUUUAUAGCACUACAAUCAUUUCGAAUAGAUAUGUGUAUUUAAUGGAGGAUGAUUACACAUAUAUAUUAUGCUCUUUGAAAAAAAAAAAGAAAAAAAAAAUUAUACUACAAAAAUAUAAUUCAUUCUCAUCAAGAAAUAAGAGGCAAUUUCUAUUUGGAUAAAAAGUUGAAAACUUUAUUAAGUAUCUUAUUCACUUAGUUUGAUCUUCCAUUUUAUUUGUAGUAUCUUAAAAGAAAAGAGCAUUGACUGAAUAUUAUUAGUACGGUAUGUAUGUGACAUGUGCGUAUGUCUCUCUUUGUAUACGUGAUAUAUAUUGACAAAAAAAAAAAAA